AUGCGAGAUAACGGGUGUUACUUCUACGAUGACGGAAAAGGUGGGCAAGCGCAUAAAAUCCGUGAACAGUUGGGAAAGUUUGAUCGUUGUAAUAUACCGAAAAUGAUGUCACGAAUGGGGCAGUGUUUUACGCAAGCAAAGCGAUGCACGGUGACAUUAAAGCGUCACAAAUAUAACAAAACCUACGACGUCAUUGGUGGGCGAGAUACGAAUCAAGCUUUUUAUAUAUUUUCGGAUGGUGCUGGCAAAGUAUCAAAAGAGUUUGCUGAAAAAAUUGCUUUGGAUAUAGGAUUGGGUACAUCAGUUCCUAGCUGCUAUCAGAUUCGUCAUCGUGGCAUUAAAGGUGUUCUGUCAGUAGACCCUAGUUUGGAUCAGCGCAAACACUGGGCUGCUGCUAACAAUGUAGUUGAUAAUAACAAAAUGACAAAUAAGCAAAAUGAUUUAGCUGUUUUAUUUCGUCCAUCGCAGGAUAAAUUCAAAGCACCACGAGACGAGUACAUUGAAAUUGUGAAAUAUUCGACACCGACAUCGGUUUGCCUCAAUCGUCCAAUGAUAUCUAUCUUGGAUCAGGUUAGUGGAAUGCAAGGUUUUUCCGUGCAUGAACGAAUUAGAAAACGCAUACAUGACUUACUGGAUAUACAAAUGACACAAUUAGCUGAUAUGUUAAUGAGCGAAGAAAAGUGCCGUGAAAAACUUAAUGAAUUACCGUGGCGUGUCAACGUUUCACGUCUAACACUUGCACGUGGUUUUGCCUUAACGCAAGAACCAUUCUUUCGAAGCUUGCUUAGAGCAAAUAUCAAAUGUACUCUAAAAAAAUUGAUUGCUAAAGUACAAAUUCAAGUACCACCACAUUUUGGUCGUUCAAUGUUCGGUGUAAUGGACGAAACGGGUCAGUUGCAAUGGGGUCAAGUUUUUGUGCAGUGCACUAGGAGUAUUUGGCUUAAAACACCAUCCAAAUCUGCUGCAAAAAUUAUUUUAGUCGGUAAAGUGAUGUUAACAAAAAAUCCUUGUAUUGUUGCUGGUGAUGUACGAGUAUUUGAAGCAGUUGAUAUUCCUGAAUUGCAUCAUUUAGUAGACGUUGUCGUUUUUCCACAGCAUGGACCAAGACCGCAUCCGGAUGAGAUGGCUGGGUCAGACUUAGAUGGUGAUGAAUAUUCGGUAAUAUGGGAUCCGGAAUUAAUGUUUGAACAUAAUGAACCACCGCUGGAUUUUACAAAGAGUGCAUCGGACAAUAAAAUCGUUGAAGAGGAACAAGUGGAUUUAGAAAUGCGAAAGUUCUUUGUUAAUUAUAUUAAGCAAGAUUCAAUUGGCACAAUUUCGAAUGCUUUCUUAGUUAAUGCUGAUCUUUAUGGCAUCACAAGUGAGGUUUGCAUUAAUAUAGCAAGAAAGCAUUCGAAAGCUGUAGAUUUCCCGAAAACGGGCAAUGCACCCAGUCCAUUAACAAGGCAAUGGACACAAGGUAAAAAUGGAAAUAUCCUUCCACCGGAAAGAGCCGAACGUUGGCCAGAUUUCAUGUGUAAAAAUCACGAACCAAGUUACAUUUCAUCGCGUUUAGUUGGACAAUUAUAUAGACGUAUCAGACUUCUAGACGAUGCUUUGAAUCUCACAGCUGCUAUGGAAGGAAGCGUAACGAUAAUGCUGGAUCCGGAUUUAGAGUAUCCUGGUUGGGAACAGUACCAAAAUGUCGCAAAAAUUCAGCUUGAUUCUUAUCAUUCACACAUAAGGUCAAUAAUGGAAAAUUAUGGCAUCGAAGAUGAAGGACAGUUAUUUUCUGGUUUUAUUAGCGUUAUUCGAAAUAGAAUCAGUGAUCGUGAUACUGAUGACAUGUCAUUCUACAAUACAAAUCAUAUAAUUGAGAAAAAAGUUUCGGCUGUUUUUAGAGCAUAUCGUCAUCGUUUUUUUGACGAAUUUGGUGGGUUUUUGGAGAGCACAUUACCCGAUUAUGACGAUAAUCAAAGCGGUAAUGCACAGGAACGACGUAUUUGUAUUCAUCCAUCUUUGGAUAUGAAGCGAAAAGCAUCGGCAUAUUACAUUCUUUGUUAUCGGAAUGCAUCGAUGGAUACAUCAUAUCGGAUUUUGUCAUUCGGCUGGCUUGUUUGGGAUAUAUUAUGCCACGUUAAACAAGAAGUAAGAUUGGGACGCGCCAAACCAAUUAUGCAGUCAUUGGAUCCAUUGGGUGAAAGCGCAUCUGAGUUUAUCGAGAAUUAUUGUAUAACAAAUGCAGAAGAUAUGAAAUGGACUGUAUCAUACAUAAUGAAGAUAAAACAAGCUGCUUGUAUUCUUGGACCAUACUGUAGCCGUUACAAAGGUCUUGAAAAUUUAUUCUAUAUUCUUAUCAAAUGGGCUACUCUUCAUGGAUUAUUAAAAGAAAGAUUAAAAGCUGUUCACAUUUGCCUUUUGUUCAUACAGUUUGGCCUUGGAUAUUAUGCCGAUGACAAAGAUGUCUUGCAAGUACAAUUUUUAGAAGAGACAAAAGAAAUUGUUGAUAACAAUUCGCAUUUGACGUGCGAUUUACGCAGUCUUAUUGGUGGUAUUGGUGUGUGCUUGUUAAAAUUUUUCAAAUUUCUUAGUUCACGUACUAUGCAAACAUUAAAAAUGUUGAAUUUUCGGAAUAUUGGAUAUCAUUCAUUGCUACUACGAGGACAAUGGAUAAAAUUGAAUGAAGCUGCUUUGAAGACUUUUUUUGGUAUAGCUUUGACAGGAAAAUUUGAUUGUGUAACAAUGAAUGACAAAGGAUGCAGGAAUAACGAUUCAGUAAAUCGUAAAGUUUUCGGAAUAAUUGAAAUUGAACCAUUUAUGAUCGAAUUACCUCUUGAAUCACCAAUGCAUUUGGCUAAAUUUCGUAGAAAAGUGCAUAAGCAUUCUGGUGUGAAAUAUUUACAAAUGCGACGAGCUACACACCGAAGGAAAGACCGUGUUAUUGUUUCGGCAGUUGGUACGUUGGAAUCAUUGCAUCGUUUGCGUGAUUUGCUUUCAGUACGACCAUCUGUGAAUUCGUUUGCAAAUUACAAAGAGAAUAGUGAUAUCAUUAGUCGGCUUAUUGUGGAACGCCUCGAGAAGCUGAAUUAGCUGUUGUGAAGAUGAUUACUGAGAUUUAGACAAUAAUUGCUGAAAUUUUGGAAAGAAAGCAUUUCUGCGAAAUAUAUCUU